CGCAGUCUGGUCGUCCGAAAGACAUUCUCGUCCUGGCCGGACCGGCCGGACUCGACUGGUCCAAUCAACUGGGCCAAGCGCGAUUCGAGCUCGAGUUUCCGUCCUGCCACGACACAGACGUCAGGCUCCGGAGCUUCCAAUUCAUGUCUGCCCCGUCACGCCGGCUGGCAUUCGAGGCGGCGUUGCGAGGCGACAACAUGUCGGCUCCGAGUGCCGAGUGCCGAGUGCCGAGUGGAGACGGCAGUUCCGUCGAGUCGGGCUGAUGGUACCGUUUGGAGGGUGGCACCAAAUGGGGUCGGACGGAGACGUGAAUGGGAGAAAGAUGAAAAUGUGAAUGCAGAAGAAAUUGUGCCAUUCACCGACACCCUCGUCGUUUGUCCCGCCGUCUGCUCGAUUGUCCGCUUGUCUGCCCAGAAUGAGGCUGAGUGGAGCAAAGCAAAGUGGGCAAAAGAGGCCGAGGCGGCCAAAGGAAGCAGCGGAGAUGAAAGAAGCGCCGCCGGAUGCAUUCGCCCGAGGUGGAUGGCCGGCAGAUGCGGCGUCCUGUUGGUUGGUGCCGGUGUGGCGCUGUGGCGGUGUCAGUGUGUGGAAUGA